AUGGCUGGAUUCAUCUUGAUAAUUUCAAUUGUUUCGCUUAUUUGUAGCGAAAAUACAGCUUGGCGGUCAAGUGGCAGUGCACAUGAGGAGCUCAUAAAUAACCUAUGCAAAAAUGGAUUUAUUACAUCGGAAAGUGUAAAAGAUACGAUGCUGUCUGUAGACCGUGGGUUAUUCUCGUUUAUAAACGCAUAUGAAGACUGGGCGCAGCCAAUUGGUUACGGUGCAACAAUAAGUGCUCCUCGUAUACAUGCAUAUGCUUUGGAAAUACUAAAAGAUCAUCUUCAACCUGGUUCACAUGCCCUAGAUGUUGGGUCAGGUAGUGGAUAUUUAACAGUGUGUAUGGCACUUAUGGUGGGCUCCAAAGGUGUUGCAGUAGGCGUUGAACAUAUUGAUGAGUUAACUAAAUUUGCAUUAGGAAAUGUUGAAAAGUGGAUGAAGGAUAGUGAAGCAGCUAAAUCACAUGACAUAAAAUUGGGAGAACAAUUAAAACUUGUAACUGGUGAUGGUCGUCAAGGUUGGCAAGAGGAUGCCCCUUAUAAUGCUAUUCAUGUUGGUGCUUCAUCUCCAACUAUUCCUGAUGCCCUAAAACAACAGUUAAAAGUUGGUGGUCGUCUAAUUUGCCCUGAAGGACCACCAGGUGAAGUUCAAGUUCUAGUUCAAAUUGAUCGUUUAGCAAAUGGUUCAUUCCAGCGUACAGAACUUAAGGAUGUUAUAUUUGUACCACUAACGGACAAAGAUUUACAAUUAAGACCAAGAUACAAGUUUAGAGAAUCAUCACAACAGUAUCAAGGUGUUCCAAAUUAUGUGAAAGCAAUACUAAUAGUGCUUUGUAUUGCUCUGUGUUCGGUCGGCAUAUAUAUGUGGUUGGCAAUGUAUAGCAUCCUUUGAUUUUGAGACUAAUCAAUGAUGAGGAGGAGAAGGAAGUAACUCACCCAUACCAGAUUACAUUCUUCUCAUAGAUUAUCACAUAUUAUAUACAUAUAUAAAUAUUAUUUUGUUUAAAUUAACUUCCAUAUAUUUUUUUGUCUACUUAUUUCAAAUUUUAUCAAGUAUAUCCAGAUUUAUUGAUAAAUUACGCAUCUACGCUUGUUGAUUUCUGAUUAGUCAACUGUACGUUUUGUGAGUUCAUGUUAUGCUUUCGUCAUUUUAGGCUAUAGAUUCAAUACUCUGACAGUUAGUUAAUCAAUCUCUUAUCAUUUUUCCUUGAAUACAUAUAAUUUGUGUACGUGAAUUAGAAUUAAUUAUGUAACCAUUGGGACUGACUGACUAACUGACUGAUCGCUUGAUAUUAUUCAUAUUAUUGCCUGAACUGUAUGAUGUGAUGUUGUGAUCUCUGUGUUCAUUCUACUGCAAGUAUUGUCGUAUGCCUGUGUUUGUUUGUUUAUUGGUCAUUUGUUUUCCGUGAGAGAGAGAGAAAUGCCUUUAAUGAAGAAUUAUAAAAUACAAAGAAUUAUUUCAUGCCA